UGUCUGCGAAAUUUCGAAAAAUCGUGAUUGACAUUUAACCUUAAAAAAAAUAUUGCUAUAGAUUUAGUAAGGCAAACUUAUGAAAAAUAAUUUGUUUAAAAAAAAAAUAAAUAAUUAGAACGUCAGUUAAAAUAUGUCAGAUUUUUUAGACACCGAAGAGCAGGACGAUAAUAAUGAUUUUGAUGUGAUAAUCGUUGGUUCUGGAUUAACAGGACUAACUACUGCUUAUUUUCUUCUUAAAAAAGAAAUUGGUUUAAAUGUUCUUAUUCUUGAGGCAACUGAAAACAUUGGUGGGAAAAUAUUUCUUACUGAAGAAAGCAAAUGUUUUUAUGCACAUCCUUGUCAAAUAAAUAUAGUAGAAUUAUUAGAUGAAUUAAAUAUCGUAUCCAUUUCGAAAAGAAAAUCAUCUUCAAAGGAGAGAAUAUAUUUAACAAAAUCUGGUCCAUAUCGAAAAUUAUCAUCUUACAUUUCAGCUCAAAUUUAUAAUUUUCUCACAUCGAUUCAAAAUAUUAGCUUAGAUUUUCAACUAAAUAUGCAUUCAGAGGAAGAUGCUAAUUUUUUGUCAAACAUGAGUUUAGAUCAAUUAUCAUCUAAUUUUGUUACGUGGGGCACUGCAAGAUCAAUUUGUCAAAGUUUGCUAUUAACUUCCUGUGGUAUAAGUAAUCUUAAAAAAGUAUCAACUUUGUGGUAUUUAUUUUUGCUCAAUGGAGCAGGAGGUUUUUUUCAAAGAUUAAAAAUUACUCUAGGAGAUGAAAAACGAUUCUUUAUCAAGAAUGGAAUGGCUGAAUUAGUAAAAAUUUUAUCAAGUACAAUAAAAAAGAAACAAGGAGUUAUAAAUUGUUUGGAACCAGUUUCAAAUAUACAAUUUAGCGACACCAGAGCUUAUGUAACGACAAAUAAUAAAUUAUACAAAUGCGAAUACGUUGUAGUGGCAGUGCCACCACCUGAAAGUGUCGAGAUAACCGUUCAACCUUCAUUAUCUCCAAUUUUAUCAAAGGUUCAGACCCUCUUUGAAAAUGGGAAAAAUCUCUUUUUUACUGCCACAUUUAGACAAGAGUUUCGAAACGCUAAUUAUAAUUGUCCAAUGAAUAUUAUCACUACUCCAGAUUGUGACUCAAGUUUAAAAUUCCUUUACGAUUCUACACAUUCCAGCAAUAAAUCACAACUAGUUCUUGCAGGUUUUCUUAAUGAGUCGAAUUUUCAAACUCGCAAGAAAUUCAAUUUUUUCACUACUUUAAAUCAAUGUUUUCGAGGUGAUUCUAAAAAAAAUUGCAUUAUUUACAAAGAACGAAAAUUCAAUUUUUCUAAUAAUAAUCAAGAAUCAAUUUGCGUAUCAGGAUGUCCAAUGAGUUUCUUUAUUCCUUGUGAUUUUAAACAUUAUUUUAAUCCCUUGUCUCUCACCAAUGGAAGAAUUUUCUAUGCUGCGAGUGAAUAUGCAAAAAAUUGGCCUGGAACAGCCGAUGGAGCAAUUGAAGCUGGAAAAAUUACAUCAUUGGCGAUUCUUUGGCGAAUACGACCCCAAUCUCUUAGUAAAUCAGAUUUAUCUUUCUUCAGUAUUCGUCCCAAAAAAUUUCGUCAAAUGACAAUAAGAUUUUCGCUAAUUUAUUAUUUGUGCUUAGCAACAAAUAUUUGCAUUUUCUGGUCGUUCAUUAAAAAAGCCUAUUAAUUAUUACCAACGAAAAAAUUUAAUGAGUAAUUGACAAUAUUAAUACCUAUUAAAAUAUUAAUUUUUAGUAUUUAAAUUAA